UGCCACUGAUCAUGUUCCUGAAUUCAGUUUAAGUGACAAUGCCAACAGCCUCCUCAUCGUCUCUCAGGUGAAGAGAUGCCAGAUGAAAGAUGCCUUGGGGACUCUUAAGGGCAUGUUACAGGCUGAUCAGGUGCCCAGUCAGUUAGCCAUCACUCGACUGGUCCAGGGUCUCGCUAGUGAAGGAAACACACAGGACAUCCAGGAAGUGGAGGCCUUGGUGAAGACUUUAGGCUCCAUCAAGCUGUCCAGCAUGUUAUUUGUCAACAAUGCUGCUCUCGCUCAUAUUAAAAAUGAGGACAUUGACAGUGCGGUGGAGCUGUUGGAGUCCUUUUACAUUCAGAACACCGAUAAUCAGAAAUCCAGUAUUUCUUUUGUUUUCCGCAAAGUUCUAGAUGCCAACAAUGAUGCUGCACUAGAUAAAUGUAAGACCCACACACCACCUCUUCAUCAAUAUCAGUGGUUCUCAACCAGGGAUGCUCG